AUGGCUGACGUUUGUGUCAAAGUCGCUGUCCGUAUCCGCCCGCUGCUGCCCAAAGAGGUGCUCCAUGCUCACCGGGUGUGUGUGCGAGUGGUGCCCGGGUCUUCGCAGGUGAUGCUCGGUCAGCAGAGAACCUUCUCCUUCCACCACGCCUUCGGGCCAGAGGCGAGCCAAGAUGAGGUGUACAAGGAGUGCGUCCGGCCGCUUUUGGACACCCUGCUGGACGGGUACAACGCCACCGUGUUCUGCUACGGGCAAACGGGGUCAGGGAAGACGUACACGCUGGAUGGAGGGAACCUGGUAGAGGAGGGGGGUCUGACGGACCGCGUGGCCCAGGACCUGUUUUGUUUGCUGGAUGAGAGCAGUGAGGUGGUGGAGUACAGCAUGACCCUAUCAUAUCUGGAGCUUUACAUGGAGGAGCUGAGGGACCUGCUGGAGCUGGCCACUGCCAACAAGACCUUACACAUCAGAGAGGACGAGAGAGGAAACACUGUUGAAGUCGGAGCUGUGGAACAGCUGGUGUGCUCGGCAGACGAGCUCCUCAGCGUUUUGGCCACAGGAAACGCUCUUCGCCGCACCGGCCCCACCGCCAUGAACGACCAGUCAAGUCGUUCACACGCCAUUCUCACGCUCCACCUGCACCAGCGCAUCCAAGACCCCCAAACCUCCACCCGAUACAAGCGCACCUCCAAACUCCGCCUGAUCGACUUAGCUGGGUCCGAGCGCGCCGACAAAACUGGCAACACCGGACCGCGCCUCAAAGAAUCCGUGCACAUCAAUACAGGUUUACUCGCUCUUGGGAACGUCAUCCGCGCGUUAACCGAUCCAAAAGGCAUGCCUAAACAUAUCCCAUACAGAGACGCUAAGUUAACACGUUUGCUCCGGGAUUCCCUGGGAGGUCAAGCGCACACACUGAUGAUCGCUUGUGUGAGCCCGUCGGACCGAUGCUUAACCGAAACUUUGAGCGUACUACGGUUUGCGUCAAAAGCGCGAAAUAUCAGAAAUCGCCCGCUAUCGUCCAACAGCGCAGACAGAAACGGAACUACAACGCACUGGGACCCUAUGGAGGCUAAAGUGGGCGAGCUGGAGUUUCAAGUGCAAACCUUAAGAGAGCUUUUGAAAGACAAACAGAGCAAACUGCAAAAAGAACGAGACAAGGAUAAAGCCGGGGAUGGUGAACAGUGUAAACCAGCUGUGCGUAAUUCUGCAGAUAAGAUGCCAGGGUAUUUUAAAUUGUCGGAGGAGGCUGGAGCGCUAUUGGCAGAGGUGGCGCCCUCUAUUGCCGACAGUUUCUUCCAGAAGAGGCUGAAGAGAUGGCAAGAAAAGUUUAAAAUGACUAACACGAGUCAAAGCAGAGAAGAGAAAGAAAAGGAGGAGCAGAAACACAGUGAAGAGGUGCUGAAGCUCAGAUGCAAGGAAACUCUGUCAAUCGCAGAAGAGGUGAUCCAGGAGAAAGAGGUGGAGGUUCGACGAUUACAAGAGCAGAUAGAUAGACUGAAACAGGACUGCAGCGCUCACCUGAGAGAACUGGAGGAGGAACGCGAGCACAAUCAAAUCAAGACGGAGCAGUUGGUGAACCAGCAGAUUGUGAUCGACCGUCUCAGAGGAGUGAAGUCCACAGUUUUGGGGACCAGAGCAAACAGCAGUAUGAUUGAGAGCUCAGAGAGGAGGGCCCAAAGUGUCCCUCUGCCCGGACCCAGCAUGGCCCCCAGGCCACUCAGGAAGAUCCACUCUAGCCCGCCCAUUUUCUCUCUGGAGAGGGUCAUGGCCGCCUUUAAAAUGAGAGGUCUGCUUCUAUUGGAUGCACUGGACAGGAAACAGGAAGUGUACUCACCUUUUAUAGAACAGAAGAACCAUGAGCCAAGUCCAUAUAAAGAAGAAGAGGAAGAAGAGCAAUUUCAAGAUCAACAAACAAAGCCACGCCCACUGAACAAAAUGAGGUCGAGUGUGAAGAGGAGGAUCCAUGACCUGUCCAUCGCCAUCAGGAUGAAAGAGGAGCUCAUCCAAGAGAUGGACAAAACCGCUAAAUUGUACCAAGAAGUGGACAGACAGGGCAGCCACAGUGAAACAGGAGGAGUAUUGUCCCGAAUCUCAUUGCAAAACCAACAAGUCCGAGCCCAGACGUACCACAGUCUACAACACAUGCUCCAACAGAGGGCAGCACUGGAGGCUUCAAAUGCACAAGACGAACAUGACACUGAGAAGAAUAAGGUUAAAGUGUCAGCAAACAGAGCAAACAACGACGAAGACCCAGUAGAACAGAAUGCUGUGGUAGCUUGGCUCGCUCAGGUGGAGGAGCAGGUUCUGCAGAGGAGAGCAGAGCAGAGGGAGCUGGAGGAGGAGCAGAGGAGGAGGGCGGAGGUCCAAGAGAGAAGAGAGGCCUGUCUACAGCAGAGAGACGAACUACAGGACAAGAGGCUGCGCUCCAGUCAGGUUCUGAGCCAGGACCUGCUGCGUAUGUCAGUGCAGAUAGAACAUUUGGAGGAGCAGAUUGAAAACAGUGAAAUGGAGCGAUCAAAAGGGGUUUCUGUGGAGGAGCUGAGGAAGGAGAGAGAGGGACUUCAGCAGAGACGAGACGCACUAGAGCAACAACUACAGGACAACCAAGUGCUCACGCAAGAGGAGGAGCAGAGCCUGGUGGAGCUGGAGGAGGCCAUAGAAACACUGGACGCUGCUCUGGAGUUUAAAUAUCAAUCGAUUCAGAGAAAAGAGGACAAGUUAUCUAAGUGUGAGCCUGAGUCGUGCUCCUCUCACAGACGGAGCAGAGAGGACACAGACAUGAGGACUCUACGCAGGAGACUGAGGGAGAUGAGCCCACCCAAAACCACUGAGCUCCUCAUCACAUACUUCAACAAGGUGGUGCGUCUUCGUGAGGCCGAGCGGGUGUUGCUAUGGCGAUGUGAGGAUUUGGAGUUGCAAACUUCAGAGCAGGGUGAAGCUCUGAGGAUGAUGGAGGAGAACAUACAGCGUUUGGCUCUGGACACAGACAGAAGACUGAUGCAACAGCACAGAGACAACCAGAGACAAGUCCAACUACUGCUCAGGCAACUCCAAGAAAUGGCCUCUAAUGGUGAACUGCAGGAGAUGCAAGAGAGACUUCAGCAUUUGGAGAAAGAGCUAUUUUUCUACAAAAACUCAAGUCGAAAUCUGAAAAAGCAACUCAGAGAAUUCAGCACCUCUGUGACUUCCACUGACCAUGUUUUAAUCCCAAAAAAGACAAACACCAAUGGAUCAGAAGAACCAUCUGCAACUCACAUACCAACCACAUACACGAGAAUAAGCUCUACUACUGCAACGCAAUCUCAACACGACCGAUUUUCACUGCAAAACUCCAGUCCCUCUGCAUCUUUUCAUCUCCAAGAAAGCCAAAAUUCAACUGUGCACAGCCAAACAUCAUUAAGACAAUCCAGUGACAGCGCUCAGAGUAGCAGGUCUGGUGAGAAGUUAACUCCAGUUCGAAUCCAUCGUAGAGACCUCAGGCAGAUCUCCCUGACUAAUCUGCAAGCCAGCCGCUCGUCCACAAGAGGGCAGCAGUCGAUCGUGGACUCCAGCACAGAGCCAGCAAUGAUGGAAGAUUCAAUUGAGGUGUCAAGAAAAAGUGACACUUAA